AUGCUGAAAGAUCGAAUCCACGACGAAUUGCUUUCACCGGAAAACCUGCGCAACCCGUAUCCGUAUUACGCGAUGUUGCGGGAAGAAGCGCCGGUCUACUGGAACGAGAAGUUCGACACUUGGGUGAUCACGUCAUACCAGGCGGUGGUGUGGUCGCUGCGCCAUCCGGAGUACUUCUCGUCCGAGGUGUUCCUGCGGGACGAUAAGCCACCCAGUCCGCCGAUUUCGGAAGAGGACUUCUCAAAGUACAAGUUCAAUCUCGACUACAUGAACAAUUGGUUCAUCCGCCGGGACCGGCCCGAUCACCUGCGGAUGCGGCGCGCCGUCCAUCCGGUGUUCAACCCCAAGUACAUCGACAACCGUUUCCGGGCGAUGGUACAGGGCAUCAUCCAGGACCUCUUGAAAGACUUUGAUCCGCAAAGCGGGGAUAUGGAUGUGCUAAGGGACUUCGCCAAUGCCAUGCCGGUGCUGGUUAUCGCCAACUGGCUGGGGAUGCCGGCGGAGGACCGCGAGUUCCUGCGAACGCUGUCCCGGCAGUUGCUGUCGUUGGAUCAGGAAUCGCCGGACCGGCACACCCGGGUACACGAGGCCAUUACCACCCUGAAUGAUUAUGUCAACCCACUGGUGGAAGAGCGUGUCAGCGAACCAUCCGAUGACCUGCUGUCGGUCCUGGCUAUCGGUGAACGCGAGGGGGAACUGAGCCGGGAAGAGGUGCUGGGCAACACCCUGUUGCUGCUCAUCGCCGGCCACCAGACCACGAUCAACCUGGUGGGCAACGGGACCAUGGCGCUGAUGAAGAACCCCGAGCAAUGGAACAUGCUCAAGGAGGACGACAGCCUCCUGGUACGCGCGACGGAGGAACUGCUCCGCUACGAUUCUCCGGUGAAGCGAGCCCCGCGUAUCGCGCUGGAGGACAUCGAACUGGGCGGCGAGAAGAUCCGCGAAGGUGAGAAGGUGAUGACCAUCAUCAACUCCGCCAACCGGGAUCCGAUGGCCUUCGAGAACCCCGAGGAUCUGGACAUCACGCGCUACCCGAAUCCGCACGUCGCUUUCGGCGGCGGGAUCCACCAUUGCCUGGGAGCCAACCUGGCUCGUCUGGAAGGGCAGGAAGCGUUCCGGGCGCUGACCCGCAAGUUCCCACCGUUCAAGUUCGCCAGCGAUCCGAACCAGCUGGAGUACCAUAACCUGCUGAACAUCCGCGGCGUGGUGAGCCUGCCGGCCGAGUGGUAG